AUGCUCUCCCCGGACGCCCCAGAGCGUCGCGAUGCUCUCCCCGGACGCCCCAGAGCAUCGCGAUGCUCUCCCCGAACGCCCCUGAGCGUCGCGAUGCUCUCCCCGGACGCCCCUGAGCGUCGCGAUGCUCUCCCCGGACGCCCCAGAGCGUCGCAAUGCUCUCUCCGGACGCCACAGAGCGUCGCGAUGCUCUCCCCGGACGCCCCAGAGCGUCGCGAUGCUCUCCCCGGACGCCCCAGAGCGUGGCGAUGCUCUCCUCGGACGCCCCAGAGCGUCGCGAUGCUCACCCCGGACGCCCAGAGCGUCGCUAUGCUCUCCCCGGACGCCCCAGAGCGUCGCUAUGCUCUCCCCAGACGCCCCAGAGCGUCGCGAUGCUCUCCCUGGACGCCCCAGAGCGUCGCGAUGCUCUCCCCGGACACCCCAGAGCAUCGCGAUGCUCUCCCCGGACGCCCCAGAGCGUCGCGAUGCUCUCCCCGGACGCCCCAGAGCGUCGCGAUGCUCUCCCCGGACACCCCAGUGCGUCGCGAUGCUCUCCCCGGACGCCCCAGAGCGUCGCGAUGCUCUCCCCAGACGCCCCAGAGCGUCGCGAUGCUCUACCCGAACGCCCCAGAACGUCGCGAUGCUCUACCCGGCCGCCUUAGAGCGUCGCGAUGCUCUCCCCGGCCGCCCCAGAGCGUCGCGAUGCUCUCCCCGGACGCCCCAGAGCGUCGCGAUGCUCUCCCGGACGCCCCAGAGCAUCGCGAUGCUAUCCCCGGACGCCCCAGAGCGUCGCGAUGCUCUCCCCGGACGCCCCAGAGCGUCGCGAUGCUCUCCCCGGACGCCCUAGAGCGUCGCGAUGCUCUCCCCGGACGCCCCAGAGCGUCGCGAUGCUCUCCCCGGACGCCCCAGAGCGUCGCGAUGCUCUCCCUGGACGCCCCAGAGCGUCGCGAUGCUCUCCCCGGACACCCCAGAGCAUCGCGAUGCUCUCCCCGGACGCCCCAGAGCGUCGCGAUGCUCUCCCCGGCCGCCCCAGAGCGUCGCGAUGCUCUCCCCGGACGCCCAAGAGCGUCGCGAUGCUCUCCCGGACGCCCCAGAGCGUCGCAAUGCUCUCCCCCGACGCCCCAGAGCUUCACGAUGCUCUCCUCGGACGCCCCAGAGCGUCGCGAUGCUCUCCCCGGACGCCCCAGAGCGUCGCGAUGCUCUCCCCGGACGCCCCAGAGCGUCGCGAUGCUCUCCCCGGACGCCCCAGAGCAUCACGCCCCAGAGCGUCGCGAUGCUCUCCCCGGACGCCCCAGAGCAUCGCGAUGCUCUCCCCGAACGCCCCUGAGCGUCGCGAUGCUCUCCUCGGACGCCCCUGAGCGUCGCGAUGCUCUCCCCGGACGCCCCAGAGCGUCGCAAUGCUCUCCCCGGACGCCACAGAGCGUCGCGAUGCUCUCCCCGGACGCCCCAGAGCGUCGCGAUGCUCUCCCCGGAUGCCCCAGAGCGUCGCGAUGCUCUCCUUGGACGCCCCAGAGCGUCGCGAUGCUCACCCCGGACGCCCCAGAGCGUCGCUAUGCUCUCUCCGGACGCCCCAGAGCGUCGCUAUGCUCUCCCCAGACGCCCCAGAGCGUCGCGAUGCUCUCCCCGGACGCCCCAGAGCGUCGCGAUGCUCUACCCGGACGCCCCAGAGCAUCGCGAUGCUCUCCCCAGCCGCCCCAGAGCGUCGUGAUGCUCGCCCCGAACGCCGCAGAGCGUCGCGAUGCUCUCUUCGGACGCCCCAGAGCGCCGCGAUGCUCUCCACGGACGCCCCAGAGCGUCGCGAUGCUCUCCCCGGACGCCCCAGAGCGUCACGAUGCUCUCCUCGGACGCCCCAGAGCGUCGCGAUGCUCUCCCCGGACGCCCCAGAGCAUCGCGAUGCUCUCCCCAGACGACCCAGAGCGUCGCGGUGCUCUCCCCGGACGCCCCAGAUCGUCGCGAUGCUCUCCCCAGACGCCCCAGAGCGUCGCGAUGCUCUCCCCGGACGCCCCAGAGCGUCGCGAUGCUCUCCCCGGCGCCCCAGUGCGUCGCGAUGCUCUCCCCGGACGCCCCAGAGUGUCGCUAUGCUCUCCCCGGACGCGCCAGAGCGUCGCGAUGCUCUCCCCGGACGCCCCAGAGCGUCGCGAUGCUCUCCCCGGACGCCCCACAGCGUCGCGAUGCUCUCCCCGGACGCCCCAGAGCGUCGGGAUGCUCUCCCCGGACGCCCCAGAGCGUCGCUAUGCUCUCCCCGGACGCCCCAGAGCGUCGCGAUGCUCUCUCCGGACGACCCAGAGCGUCGCGAUGCUCUCCCCGGACGCCCCAGAGCGUCGCGAUGCUCUCCCAGGACGCCCCAGAGCGUCGCGAUGCUCUCCCCGGACGCCCCAGAGCGUCACGAUGCUCUCCCCGGACGCCCCAGAGCGUCGCGAUGCUCUCCCCGCACGCCCCAGAGCGUCGCUAUGCUCUCCCCGGAUGCCUUAG